UCUAAUCUAAGGCAGCCAACGCCGCCGCAACCUCGCCUUCCACAUCUAGAAGAAGACCUGACAGACGGACGAUGGUUUGGAGGGCGACGGAGGUGAGAGAAAGCUAGCGGAGGUGAGAGGAGGGCGAUGGAGAACGGGGGUGAGAGGAGGCGGGGGUUCGCCUCGGAUUUGGUCAUGUGUUCUACGUGCUCCGGUUUUGUGAUAAGGAAGAGGCCUACAGCCAUUCCCGAUCCUGACGAGGAGGUCGUGGAGGUGGUGACGGAAGCCGAGAAGAUGCGGGACUUGAUGAAGGCGGUCCUCCUGCACGGGCCCUUGCAGGAGAAGGAGCCGGCUGAGGCGUCGAAGAAGCAGUGGCAGGUUCUUCGGAGGAGGAGGAUGAUUAUGAUGGAGACCAAGAGGUGCCCGGCUUGCUCCCGUUCGCUGUUAGAGAUGUGCCCGACUUGCUCUCGUAAGCUGUCAGAGAAGCUCGGGCCCGAUGAGGAGGACAAGGCGGCUGGAUUGAACGAGAAGAAGAAGAGCUCGAGGGAGGAGGGCAGCGAGUUGAUGGCUGUCCUUCCGUCGCAGGGCGGGAAGGAAUGCAAGAAGAUUGCGAUGGAGGACGAGGCGAUGGUGGUGAACGCCAGAGCGGUGAAGAAGACGAAGCGAUCGAGGGAGGAAGGCAAGAGAUCUAGCAGCGGAUUGAAGAAGAAGAAGGCGAAGAGCGAGGAUAAGAAGGGCAAUAGAUCUAGCAGCCGAUUGAAGAAGAAGAAGGCUAAGAGCGAGGAUAAGGAGGUCAGCGGAUCAAAGAUUAAGGCUAUGAGAUCGAGCGAGAUGGAGGGCAGCGGAUCGAAGGAGGCGGAGAUGGAGGGUAGCGGCGGAAAUUGGAAGACUAAGAUGGUGACUAUGAGGUUGGACAAGAGGUCCAUUGAUAGUAUUGUGAAGCGCCCCCCUGUCAAGCCUUUCACCUUCCCUACCCCCAUUCCCAACCUCCGAGGUAUCUUUGCUAGGGAAAUCAGCAACUAUGAGGUUGAGUGUGAGUUCCAUGAGUACUUGCGCCGCCAGUCCAUCAUCAGCGGGUAUGCUGAUUACCAGCUAGAAGUCACCGAUGAUGAAGCCGAAUGACCACAAGUUGGUGUAGCACUAUUGUCAUGUGUGGUUGGUGUGGUAACGAGUUAAGGCUGCCUAGCAUAAUAAUAAUUUUAGUAUAAGUGAUGAACCUUUUGGUUUGUUUCAGAAAUAUUCAGCUUUGUUAGAUUGUACUAGUAUUUAAGUUGUAAAAAGUGCUAUCUUUUGUGUGUUCACCCUUGUGUCAUUGUCAUAUGAGUAGCUUGCUACUGAUGUUCUUCUCACACUUAAAUACUUAUAAAGUUGAUGUGUCA